UUUUUUUAAUAGUUUUCCGGUCUGUUUUCUCCUUUGCGUUUCCCUCUCUCUUCUUCCACUCAACUUCGCAUAUUCCGAUCAUUCUCUUCUAGAAGUAUAUUCUACACCAAUUACCAAUUACCAAUUACCAAUUACCAGCUUCUGCAUUUCAUCUUCAUCCCUUUCUUUUUCUCUCCUCUUCUUUCCCUUUCACCAUUUCUGCUCUUCAGAUUCUCUAAUUCAAGCUUAUUUUUUGUUGCUCAGGCAGAGACCUAAAGAAAAGGACGGAUAAGCAAGUGGGGGAGCCGAUUCUGUUUAUAGAAGAUAAACGAUGUCGUUUAAAGGUACCCAACAGAAAUGCAAAGUGUGUGAUAAGACUGUUUGUUUGAUGGAUCAGCUUUCAGCUGAUGGUGUUGCUUAUCAUAAGUCUUGCUUCAAUGUAAUCACUGCAAAAGCAAGCUUCAGCUCCAAAAGAAAGGCCACUUCAACUCCGUCGGUAUCAACAAUACCUUCGGUUAGUAAUUAUAAUUAUGAAUUAAAUUAUCCAGAAGGGUACGACCAAGGAUUACACGAUUAUGCAAAAGAAGUGGAAAGAGAAAUACAUAUUGAAGACGAAGAAGAGGAACCAACAACCCCUAUUGGGAUACUUAGAUCUCGACAAUCAUCAACGGAAUCACAUGAAGUACAACAACAACAACAAAGACAAGCUCGUGGUAAACAAGUCAAUUUCCAAAGUAUCGAUGGUGGUACGGGAUAUUUCUACAAACAUUUGGCAAAGAAGCAUGAAAUCAUAAAAGAAACUCAUGCAGCAAGCGGCAGUGGAACCACAAGUGGAAGUCGACAGUGGAGAAUGGACAUCUUCGGCGGAGACUGUUUCGCCAUCAAAUCUGCAAAAACAAUUACAUAGGAUUCAGGAGUUGCUCAAUUCAGUAUUCCGCAAAUCUAUAAAGCGAAGUUUACUGCCAUAGCCAGUCGCAAGAUUCACAGUGCCGUUGAGUUUGUUAUUUCUUAGUAGCCUAUUUUCAAAUGUAAAUUGUAAUCAGCAACCCAACAUGGAAACGCGUUAUUGAUGCAUUUCACAUUUAUCUUUCAAACAAAUAGCCAGGUCAGAAAGAGAAGCAAAAGAUAAUACAAGAUGGCAAGAGAAACCAUACACAGUUUGCAGAUCAGACUGAUUGAACAGUGUUGCUGGUAUUUGGCCUAUUAGGUUAGUGUUUUCCAUCUUUCUGCAAUUGAGCAUUAAAAAAGUUAGAUCUACGUGCACAAACAUAGAAUGUAUUGUAGCAUAAAUGCAAUAUGCCAUUUCUGUCAUUACAAUAUCCUUGAACGUCAUGACACCGGAACAAAAAAUGCCAAAGUAGUCAUUACAUACCAAAUCAACGUUACAUAGCAAGAGCCAGUAUAGACAAAACUCACAAGUAAUGUGGUCUGUUUCAACAGUCUUUGACAACAUAUUCAACAUUUUUGGCAUCAAAACUUACUUCAAUAUCUCUUAGCUGUUAUAAAGCCAUAAGGUGUAUGCUUACAAAUGGUUCAUGCUUAGAACUAGUCAAAUAGCUUUUCUUAUAAAUGGAAAUGUUUCUCCAAUAAAUCCCAACAAGAAAUGUAUGCUAAGCAUUCUUCUAUAAGAUUUUCCUUUGUAAUGUCCUCCAGGAAGUAUUUUACCCAAAUAAUCGAGAUAAUUUCACUAGAGAUGUAUGACACAGCUCAUACGAUGCUCCCAUUUCUGUUGCAUUUCUUAUAAAUCAUCAUAUGAUAGUGAUAGGAAGUAUUACGGUCUUCCCUGUAAAAAAUGGUCUCGAAUUUCUAAGCCCUCUUCAUUUUGUAUUCGAAGAGGCCUGCAAAUAGAAAAUAAGAUGGCUGAAAAAACAAAUAUUAAGCGAUACAUACAGUGUAGUUAUAUUCGGCAAAGUUGAGCACCAUAGAGGAAUUUUUGAUUCAUCAAAACUAUUAUUACUCAGAUCUCUGCGAAGUGCAAAUGUAGAAAAUUAAAGUGUUAUUGAUUAAGCAUAUCUGUUAGAUAGAAAACGGCAAUCUUUGUUACUCACAUAUGCAAGGGAAUGCAUUUCUGAAAGAUCAGGGACUGGACCAAUCAAGUUAUUGUUAGCCAAGUUCCUAGGAAACAAGAUAAGUGAUGAUCAAUUUACUCUAAAUAUCAUUACAAUGAACCAGCCUAGGUAUUAAUUCUGAUUGGUUAUGUAUACUUACAAUUCACCCACUUUUGCGAGCCUACUAAGAUUCUGUGGAACUAAGCCACUAAGUUCAUUCCUGUCUAAACGACUGCAACCCAUGGUUAGAUAGUAAGUUGUGUAGUAGAAAAUCAGUUCAGUAAAUUAAUUUGUAAGAAAAACUUACAUGACCUCAAAAGAAAGCACAAGUUCUAAUGUGUCCGGGAUACUUCCAGUUAGCCAGUUGUCAUUGAAAAUUCUGUCAGAUCAUAUAACCAGCAUUUUUGUUGGGUACUCGUGUUUAUAUUACAGUUGCAAGGCAGCAAAAAAUUACAAGAAACAGUGAAGUUUUACUUUCCGGUGUACAUUUUGGUUGGAUUGGGCUUCAUAACUUUAACUAAGGGAGGUGAGUCAAAAAUCUUUGAACUUUGAAUUUAAAUGGAGUGAUAGACUGUCUGAUUGCUAAACAGCUUGCAAAACUAAGAAAAGAGAUGGGAGCUUUGGGAAGGAAAGGAAGAAUGCUGAUGGUUUGGAUUAACUACUAUGAUUCUGAAUGUCAUUGGAUAAGGCUUUUUCUUUGAAAUUCAAACAUCUUGCUCUGAUUCGCGGACUAAAUUUUGUUCAGAAACAAAUCAUGUAGAUAUGAAUUUAAAAAAUUAAAACAAAACAAUGGUGUAAAAAUGUUAAUUCAACAAGUCAAAUGAAAAUUGAAUUUUCCAGAGGUAUCAUAGGACUUACAGAUGCCUCAGUUUCAUAUCAACGUGAAAAAGUUCACGCGGAAUUUCCCCAGAAAGUUUAUUUUGUCCAAAAUGACUGCAGACAGAG